AUGGACGACAAGACAGACAGCAGGAUAGACGAGCUAGAGAUGACCAAAGAUAUUGUGAAUGAUCCUACAUCGAUUAAGGAAGAAGUAAACGAGGAUGCUGCGAAGAAAGAGUCUAUUGACGCAAUGGGCAAGAGAGGCCAGAAUUAUAAUACAAGGCAGGUGAACACCUUCGCGGCCAAGAAAACUGUAGCACAGGGCAUGAUGGAUAUCGCGCUCAUAACGGCUAAUGCAAAUCAAUUGAGAUAUCUCAUUGAAUAUCAGCAAAACAGCCCUACGUUUUAUGUUGUUAUGAUUCUGAUUAUCAUCAGUCUGUUAUUGCAGGUCACCGUUGGUGUUAGUUUAAUUUUCAAGGGCCGAUUUGACAUGAAGGGAAAGUCGAAAUGUAUCAACGCUGAAAGAAUCAACAAUUACGUUGUAGUAGGAAUCUUUCUGAUAACGAUUAUCAAUGUAUUCGUAGCUGCGUUUAGUGUUACUCCUAAUAUUGACCUACUUCCGUCAGUGACUUCUAACGUUACGUCAUAA